AUGUCCAAAGAGGAUAUUAUAUUACCAUCUGCAUCAUCAUUUUCUACGCUAACAAUCUCCGAUACGCCAACAUCAGGAUUUGGGUAUAAUCCAGCAGUCGGUCCAACAUCUAAUGCCAUAACCCAAGAAACAUCGAAUAUCUUGUUGAACAAAAAAACAGUAAAUUUAACACCAACGUCGGCCAAUUCUAUAUAUGAUAGAAACUUGAAUAAGAAGACGCCGGAAAUCAGCUUGUCAUCGUUAUCGUUUUUGUUUUGUGAAAUUGUCAAUUGGUCCCAUAAGAAUUCAAAAGGAAUCCAAGACUUGGAGCUGAGGCUAAAUGGGCUUGGUUAUCAGAUCGGCCAAAGGUUUCUAGAGCUCGUUAAGCUUCAGGAAGGAAUAAAAUACGGUAAGAGAGAAGUUAAAAUUAUUGAAAUAUUACAAUUCAUACAUGGCUCCUUGUGGAAGUGUGUGUUUGGUAAAACUGCCAAUGAAUUAGAAAAGUCGCAAGAUGUCAAUAACGAGUACAUGAUUACAGAUAAUUCGCCCUUGAUUUCAAGGUUUAUAAGCAUUCCUAAAGACUACAGUAAUUUAAAUUGUUCUGCAUUCACAGCAGGAAUAAUCGAAGGAGCUCUCGAUUCAGCGUAUUUCAAUGCUACAGUAACAGCACAUUCGGUUCCUCAGGAAGGUUAUCCUUUGCGAACAGUGUUCUUGAUCAAUUUCGACGAUCUGUUAUUCAUUAGGGAGGAGUUACGUUUCAAUCAAUAG